UUCCGUCGCAAUCUGACAUCCUGCUCCGAAUUAAACUAUCAACAGCUGCGCGAUAGAUAAAUAAAUACUAAUAUUUGAAUCGCUCGUAUGCUGGUGGCGGAUUUGCCCCCGGUUUCCUCAUGUCACAUCCACUCGUGGCAGCAGUGUGGGAACAGCUACGGCGGCGUGACAUAACCAAUAUCGUGAGGGAAAUUAUCGGCGAACAUGCUACGGAUGUCGCCAUCUUUCAAGCGGAGGAUGCUUCCGAUGUCGCGAAAGUCGAGCAUCUAAUGCACGCCGUGUUCUGGAUCAAAGCCAUUUUUGACUUGCAGAGAACCUAUCUGCAGGGGUUGACGAAUUUCGACGAUGGCCACCCCUCCUCCACGUCAUACCUCCUCCCCGCCGAAGUGAUUUUCUCGACCCUCAUGUACCUCGUGCAGGUGAAGCCGAAGUUGUUCCCGUACAGCAAAGCCACCGCCCCCGAGCUGGUCAAAUAUAGACACUUUCUCGCCCUCACGUUACUCGCCGGUGCGCGACUGCUUCUGUUGCGAGGUCAAGGCAUUCGCCAUGAGAUGAAAUUCAGUCUGGAACGUGCGAUCAGGAAAGCAUGGCAAGACUCGGAGCUGCCCGGCGCAGAGAGGUUUAUGGUCAGCAAUUUGCUGCCCAACGUCAUCGAUAGUAUAGAAUCCUCGGAUUCGUCAUCUAAAAGUCAUAUGUUUUCCCCGGCGUCGCACGGAAGUAAUCCUAAAGUCACUGCCAUGGAACCGAACUCCUUACUGGGGAAUACAGAGACUCUGACAGACCUUUUGACGGGACUUCUGAAGAAAAACACCGAUCAGAUGACUCCCUUCUUAUCUUUGUUUGACAUGCUAUGGGCUGCCGAGGCGACGAUGGUACAGUCUCACAUAGAUCGCCGUCGGAUGUCCCAAGAACAGGGGCAUAGCCUAGUUGCUGCACUGGGCGUGGACGAUAUCUUUGAUCACGCGCGAGAGAACAAAUUGAAACUGGCGAAGACGGUUUUGGCAGCAUUCAAUGAUGAAUUCACAGCACCUCCGCUACAAAUCCUUGCGACGGUUGUGCUAAGCCAGAAUGCCGAAGCUCAUCCACCCCUCCAAACACGACGAAUCCGGGACACUUGGGCUCAGCUAUCUCGUAUUAGGGAAGUCUGCGAGGCAUCCCUGAGCCAUCUGGUGAGAUGGCUUAUCAACCGUAGAGUCCAACUGUGGGGUUGCAACGGAGAGCUCGAGGCUACCUCGCACCACUACCAACAGAAUCUCACAGAGUGGUUGCAGCUGUCACCCCUCCAAGAAGGGAAUCAACCAAAUCGUCAAGAUGAAGUACUCUACAAUGUGGAUUGCCCUGCUGCGCAUUCGGUCCCCAUAUCAUUAUUGGAAGAGCGGAUGGAUAAAAAUGCUCGCGAGCAAAUCCGAGCGAACUCUCAAACCCUCACACUGAAUAUCUACUGCCCUUUGUGUCCAACAAACACGAAAAUACAACAUGCACGGAUGGUGGAACCGGCCAGGCUUUCCCAAACACGCAUUGGCUUCGAGUCGGGCAGUGUCAGAAGUUACUCCUUCCCUGAAUCCAUGUCUCGAGACACGACCUCCUCGAGCUCCCUUAGUCACUCCACCAGCCAUUCAUCCGUGCGUAUAGACUCCGGCGAUGGGACAUGGAGUCCGAUCUCGCCUGCGACCUUCAAGCCAGUAUUCAGUGCAAUGAAUAGCAAAUAUUCUCCUACUACACCCUCUGACCCACGUAACUCAUUUUUAGCGCGUGCUAAAACCGAUAAUCUGUAUGAGAAAUCCAGCACGAGGUCAUUCCCGCGAGAACUGAAAAACGUCUCUCUACCCUUUUCCACCGGUUCUUCCCUGUUUCGACGGGUAUCAGUGAAGAAGAACCAUUUACCUCGUGAGCCCAGAUUCUGCUUCUCUGCGUCCGGCCGAAGCCUUCUUCUGUGGGGUGUUGGAAGUAAUUGGGUGGCCAGGUUUGAGACACCCAGUGCCGGAGCGCAGAAGCCAAGAAGUCACCGAUAUGAUGUUUCCGGCGUGCAAUACGUUGCCGCCGGAGACCAGCGCUGCGCGGUAAUAGCUGCUGUUGGAGAGCAUUACGAGCUUCUGGUAUUCAAGGGGCUUGGCCUCAGUGCCGAAGCUCAUUUGCCGAUUGAAAUACACAAUCCAUCCCUACCUCCGAUCCAUAUGGUUAUGUCUCGCGACGAUCGAUACGUUGCAUUUACCCUCAAAAACGAAGUUCGAGUUUACGAAAUUAUUGCGGGCGGCAUCGUAAGAGUCUCAUUUGGGGAUACCGGAGACCCCAGCGCGUCUCUGUGUGAUAUGAUUCCGGCCCCAACGCACAUCGCAUCGCCCCUAGGAGAUGACGGUACUCCGGGGCCAGAAGCAAUUAUUGAAAGAAAGCUACAGUUCUCAGUGGACGGGAAAUAUUUUGUCAUUGCAACGCACCUGACCGACUGCAAUGCCUAUGUUGAUGUGUGGGACCUGUCCCUCAAACGGUGGGAUACUGUACCUGGUAAAUCACAGUCGUUUAGGCUUUCUCACCGGACGACUAAUAACAAAGACCUCACCUGCGUGUUUUACGAUAAUGUUCACCAUGCAGUUCUCUUACCCGCCUACUUCGAAAAGGAAUUCCCGAAAUCCUCCUCCGUCGCCGAUAAAGACAUGCUGAAAGACCCAAAUAGCACCCGCAUCACACACGCAGCCCAGUCCGCCUCCGGGUCGCAGUUUGCAAUUGCGAAUGGCAUGAACCAGAUUUACCUGUUCGAUUCCAAUGCUAGUGGGUCUACGCGAGUGUCUCGGAUGAAGAAAGCCUCACAUAAGAUCAGUUCGUCAGUCUUCCGGCCCGGUUACUUGAGCUUGGCCUUCCCACAGGACGACGAGGUAUUGCUUUUCUGGAUGGACAAUGGGAAAUUGAUGCUCCGGACGGUGCGAGUGCACGAGGGGACCCAGACAUCCAAAGAUUAUGAUUUGCGCUCUGAUUUUGACCGGCUGAUUCUUGAACGGCCCACGGCUGAUGUGCAAUUCCGGCGAGCUUCACUGCUCUCCAAACAACAAAGCCCUGAGUUGGAUGGAUACAUAUCCAUCACCAGCAAGCUAGCUGAGCUACCAUCAACAUGAUGAUCGACGAAGAGAUCCAAGACUGCUUCCACAUUAAUUCUUGGGCAUAAGAUCGUGGAGGAUCGAAUAUAAAUCAAUAAUAAAUAUAAUAUUUCUGCAUUCAGCACACAUUCCUUCAUUGUAAUCUCAUCUGUGGACUACACGAACAAGCC